AUGCCCGUGGCGCAAUCAGCGUGCAUCGCAGGUGGGGUGCACAACGAAGAGUCACCUCGGGAUAGUUCUCCUGAGGACAUUAUGGCGUGUUUCGUCGCGACAACAGAGGAAGAACGGCUUCGCUGGGAAAGAGAGCGCUUACUUCCUCUUUACAACAACGACGUUCUCAUUGGCAGCCUUGCGCCCUACAAGUUGAAACUGGCUUUUCUGGAGGCGACGGUGGAGCACUUGCACCGCCGCUGUCGUGAGGUUCUCUCGUUGCGUGUGCCUUCUCCUCAUAGAAGAACGGAGGGGGAGGAGGAGGAGGCGCGGCGCGUUGCUUGGCUGCAUGCUGAGGCCGCCCUGGAGCGGCUCGCGGAGGUUGCUGUUCCCCGCUGGGUCGAGGAGGAUCUGCACACAGAGGUGACUGCGCUCUGUGGCGAGGUGGCGGGGGCUACGGGCGGCGCCGCGCUGCGUGGCGUUGUGGAAGAAGUCGUGGCGGAGUGUUGCCGUGGUGGAUGA